AUGCAGGGGCCAUCUCUCACUCGCCUGGCUCUGCUACUGGUGACCACAGGGGCUGUGUUGGGGACCAAGACACCCACAGAAGAGCCAGCCAACAACACUGGCCUCGUCUUCCUUGAAGAUUGGGCCUGGCCUUCAGGCAGCCCCCCAGAACCCUUUUGCUUGGUGACAUUGAGAGGGGCAAGCAACAGGAGCACAGCCACUCUGCGGGUGGUGGGAGGUCUGGGCAACUAUGAGCAUGCCUUCCUGGAAGCCCUGCGGGAAUCCCACUGGGGUCCCCAAGACCUGGCCACCUUUGGGAUUUGCAGUCCUGACUCACAGUCUGCCCUUCCCAUUUUGCGACACCUGGGGGCAUGGCUGAGGGAACCUGGGGGGCAGGGACUGCUGGUCCUGCCCCUGGAUGAAGUGACAUGGGAGCCCACACUCUUGCUGAGGUUCCAGGAGCCCUCGCCUGGAGGAGCCAGCCCUGGGGCCCAGGCGCUGCUGGUGGUGUACCCAGGGCCAGGUCCGGCGGUCGCUGUCACUGGGGCUGGGCUGCGGGGUGUCCAGAGCCUCUGCCCCAUCCGGGACACCCGCUUUCUGGCAAUGGUUGUGGACCACCCCGAGGAAGCCUGGAGCAGACCCGGGCUCACCCUAACUCUACAGUCCCUGGAAGACCGUGCUGCCCUGAGCACCGCCCAGCUGCAGACUUUGCUGUUCGGCUCGGACCCCCGCUGCUUCACGCGGAUGACCCCAGCCUUGCUGUUGCUGCCACCAAAGGGACCUGCACCGCAGCCCUCGCAUGGCCGGCUGGACACAGUGCCCUUUCCUCCGUCCAGGCUGUCCCCAGAGCCCGAAGGAAUGCCACACAGUGCUGACCCCUUCCUGGAGACCCUCACGCGCUUGGCGCGUGCGCUACGAGACCCCAGGGCUCGGGCCUCUUCCACGCGCCUGGCCCUGGACCCGGGCGCGCUACACAGCUUCCCGCAGGGCCUUGUCAAUCUGUCAGACCCCUCGGCGCUGGAGAACCUGCUCCACGGGGAGGAGCCACUGCUGCUGCUGUCUCCUGCUUCGGCCAUUGCCACCGCGGGUGACCCUGUACUGCUGCAGGAACCCUCCCCGGCGGCGUCUUGGGUCUCGGGCCUGGCACACAGGGUGGCCGUAGAGCUUCAAGCGGCGGCCACUGAGUUGCGUGGGCUCCCGGGCCUGCCACCCGCUGCGCACCCACUGUUGGUGCGCCUGCUGUCGCUGUGCCCGGGUGACUCGCGCAGCCCUGGGGACCCACUGCGCGCGCUGCUGCUGCUGAAAGCGCUGCAGGCUCUGCGCACCGAGUGGCGCGCGCGGGAGGAGCGCGGGCCGGCGCCGCGCGCGCAGCGGAGCACCGCGGACGGCCCGUGCUCGCUGCGCGAGCUGAGCGUGGAUCUGCGCGCCGAGCGCUCUGUGCUCAUCCCCGAGACCUACCAGGCCAACAACUGCCAGGGCUCGUGCGGGUGGCCGCAGUCUGACCGCAACCCGCGCUACGGAAACCACGUGGUGCUGCUACUGAAGAUGCAGGCGCGUGGGGCCGCCCUGGCGCGCCCGCCCUGCUGCGUGCCCACCGCCUACACCGGCAAGCUGCUCAUCAGCUUGUCCGAGGAGCGCAUCAGCGCGCACCACGUGCCCAACAUGGUGGCCACUGAAUGCGGCUGCAGGUGA